CUGCCUCCUCGCCUCCCCGCUGCACUCCUCCACCGGAGGCGCGCAAUUAAGAGUCCUCCGCCGCCUCCGGUCCCCGAGAAAAAAGCUCUGCGAUCGGCGGGCGGAUGAAUUAGUUGGCAUUCAGUGUCUGCAUGGAGGGUAAGCUGAGCACGCAGGGGCCACGGGAAAUAUUGGAGAUGUAUGGAGGAGUCACGACGCACGACGCAGCGCGGUUCGUCAUGACUUGAAGUGAAUCACGAUGGGAUUUCUGUGGUGACGUGAAAUUUAGGUUAGAUGCAAUUAGGCAUGGCACGCGUGCUGCAUAUUUACCCGCAGCUGUGGUGUCUAUCCACUCAUUGAAAUCACCUUUCCUUUUAAUUGCUGCUCAUUUUUUUCGCUUUUCUUUGAACCAUUAAUUGUAAAUGUAGACAUUUUUGCGCAUGAACUUGCACUACAUUUCUCGAUGGAGUGAGGAGCGUGGCUUUGCGUGUGUGUGUGAGUGAGUGAGCGCCUGUGAAGUCAAGAAUUUGCGGAUUUUUUUUCCCCCCCACUGAAAGACGCCGCUUUAUGUCUCGUGCGCCCGUGGACACCUGCAGACGGAGCACCUUGGACGCGUUUUUUCCUCGUUUUCUCCUCUCAUACAUUUCAUUUUUGGAGGCAUCGUUCUCGCUGCGUGUCGGAUGCACGACUGGGUUUCCAGAGGUCCGCUCAGCUCCAGCUCCAGCUUCAGCAUCACAUCAGCUUUCAUACAGCUCCGGCUCGUCGCGUGCCGUGGAUGGGCUCUGUCAUCUCGUGCAGCUUCUAACUACCGGUAACGAUGGCAUCACAAGGUUUCUGGUCUCUUGGCGGAGAUAAUGCGGGGGCCAACACCGGCAGUCAAAGCCCCAGUACGCGUGAGUGGCUUUUUUUCCCUCUACCAUUGGUGGACACCAGUAAUCCCAGUGCAGCGCAUUGUCUCAAACCAGUGCGCUGCAAAAAGGCCUGCUGUAUUUACACUCGACUCACCUGCAAGAAUUUAACCGAAUUGGUCGAUUUGUCUCAACUGUAACACAAAAGUUGGACAACUGGGCCUGAAUUCCUCACGCUUGUUUGAUUUAUGUCCCCUCUCUUGCAGCCAGGGCUUGGUGCCAGGCGGCGGCCCAGAAAUUUUCCGGAGGAAUUGGAUCGAAAUUAUGUGGUAUGUCUGGAGAGGGGAGAUGAGAGGGUUUUCGGGGAGGUGUAGGUGACACUAUUUGCUGUCUUUGGUGUCAGCUGGGUGGUAAAAAAUACGCCCUGUGGUGUUUUGUGGUUUCCAAAGCGCUGCUCAAUGUCGGAGAGGUGGAGAAACCUGCCGAGCCUGCCGCCAAGCAGCCGCCUGAGACAGAAACAGGCGGAACCUGCGGCUGCAACAAAUCCUGCAACUGCACCAAAGCUGCUGUGGGCUUCUCUGAUCUCUAUUCAACAGGUACAAAAGCACACUAGAAAAAAUAGACAUUUUAGACACUGUGCAAUCCUUAUGUAUCCAAGUGGGUCACAAAUUGGCUUUUUAUUUUACAUUAAAACAUUUUAACAACACAAAAUGAAUGAAAACUUUGUGCAUUUGGCUCCUCAUGCCUUUUUAAAUAACCAAAAGCGAUUAAUUUUUAUUCUUAAAAUACACGACACGCUUUGAGAAAAUAAACUAUAAACAAAUAGUCGAAGAUAAUCCCAAAUAAACUCUUCUUAAUGUCUUCUUAUGGUCUGAAAUCUUUGCUGGGUUUUGUGAGGCAUUUUUGAAGCUGUUUCUGUUGAGGUCACCUUCAGAAAAACCUCAGGUUUGUGGAUGUAAAAGAUUGAAUCAUUUGGAGAUUUUUCCUUUUUUUCACUGAGAGGAAAAGCUCUGAAUAAAAGCUUUUAAAAUAUGUCUUUAUAGGCCGUAAAUUGUUUUUUAAUUUCUGUAUUUUUGAGGGGAAAAACGCUUGUAAAUGACACUGUUGCAUGAUGGCAUCCCACCCUUCACGGUAGUACACCUUACAGCUCCCAGGUAAAAAAAAAAAUGUCUCCUUUUACGUAAUUAAACUCAUAUUUUUUCUUUUCUUUUAGACCUGUUACCCGCCAUGGACGGCGACGCCAAAACGAUGACCUUCCUGCAGGAAGUUGUGGAUAUUUUACUCGCCUACAUAGUGGAGUCUUUCGACCGGAAAACGAAAGUGAUUGAUUUCCAUUACCCGAACGAGCUGCUCCAGCUCAACAACUGGGAGCUGCAGCACGAGCCCGCCACCCUCGAUGAUAUCUUGAUCAGUUGUCGCGCGACGCUGAAAUACGCCAUUAAAACAGGUGAGGCUAAGGAGUCAAUGUAGACUCAUGUUAGGCGUUUAAUUCUAGAUUUUUGAAUCAGGUUUUAACAUUUACGGUUAAAGUAAAAAUUUCCACAUGUAAAGAUUGAAUCUGUAAGGCCUUGGCGCUGGCCUGUUGUCUUUUGUCGUGUUGAAUACAUCAAAAUGACACAGUAAUUAUCAACAUUUUACACAAAAAACGAAUAAAGAAUGCUAGGAAUCAUCUAGAAGGAAAAAUAAGGCUUUAAGUGAGGCUAAUCGAGUGGAAGUUGUAUUUUUCCACUAAAACUAGCACUACAACUAACGUCAACGACAACCGUUAUUUUUCAAAUCAAAGUAGGGGGACGUGAUAGGUUGAUAUUUACGUAAAAUGAUACUCUCGAAAUUUCGAACAACGACACGUUAAAACAGGAUAAAACACGACAGAGAGGAAAAAUAAUACAUAAAAAUGUGUAUUUUUAGAUAAUAAAUCGACAAAUACACGAUAUGUAUUGUUCAGAUUCCUCCUGGAAGUUGUCCUCUUUUCCCUCCUUGUACCCAGCAGACCGAUAAACGCAGUGACGCAGUAAAUCUGGUUCACCAAGUAGCAGAUAAUAGGCUAAUAACCAGCAGGCUUCAUAGGCCAGCUCUAUUAUUCUCCCCCUGACUCACAUAAACAGCACUUGACAGAUAUAUCACUACCUCAGAAAAACAAAUAUAGACAUACUUUUAUAGAUCUGUAUGUGAAUAUUCACUUUAACCCUUUAUUUUACAGACACACAGUGAAGGAUUAUGACAUUACUUGGUUGUUGUAAGCAGCCAUUAGAAAAAAAAACAAGUGUUUAUUAAUGAGCAGUGUUUGUAGACUAUCUUUAUUAUUUUAUUUUAUAUCUGUUAAAAGCAUUUGCCUUAUUAUUUGUAUGUUUUUAAGUCUACUUAUUAUCACCACUUAAAGGAUGAGCAUUUCUAAAUAAAUGAAUCAUUAUUUAUACUUACCUGCUUACAUUAUUUUGUUUUGUAGAAUGUUUAUCCGUAUUUUUUUAUACCUGACAAAUUUGGGUGUAAACUGCAAAAUGCUUACACACAAUGUCAAGGAAAGUCUGACCUUUUUAGCUUUAAUACACUUCUUUAGGGCCUUUCUUGUGUUAAGUCAUUUCGAAAAAGCUCCUGCUGUAAUUAUGUCAUUUGCUUUGUUUAGAAAAAUGGAAAAUUAAUUUUAGUGUUUAAAUGCUCUUGAAACCUCAUAUUUUACACAUGCUUUCACUAUUCCUCAAAUGCUUUAGGACAUCACUGCAGUGUGAUUUUUAACCUGCAAUUAAAGUGCUCGGACGAUGAAAGCUUCUUUGCCCUUUUUGCACAAACUCAGCAUAAACACUUUCAAAAAAAAUAAUUCAAUUUUCCUGCCUGACGCUGCCAGAUAAAAUGUUUAAAUUGCAGCCAUCUCACACCGCUUCCCUCUGCUCCUUUUCAUCAGCCCACCCCAGGUACUUCAAUCAGCUCUCCACAGGAUUAGACAUGGUCGGACUGGCAGCCGAUUGGCUAACAUCCACCGCCAACACCAACAUGUAAGUAUGUGGCCCCGUGCUUCAUCAUGAUGUUAAAUGCUGAUAAUGAUAAUAACAAUGAAUUCCAUUUCCGGGUCCGUCUGUGUGCUCUCUGCUCUGCGUCUGCCGCCGCUGAUAGCGGCUUUUUUUCACUCAAUCAUGCCAAAUGAAAAGGGUGAAAUGAAAGGCAGACCCCCCUUACCUCCCCGCCCCUCUGCACCCCUCCCACCUCUGCCUUUUAUCCCUCCCCCUCACCUCCCAUCCCCAUGGGGCUUCAAGGGGAGAAAAUUAGCUCUGAAAUUAAAUUCAGCCUAAUCUGAAGCUAAUUUUGGCGAGAGUGUGUGAGUGUGUUUUUGGGUGAUAAACUCAGCGUUUUUUGGCUCCGGCGACUGAGCUGCAAAAUAUGCCUGAUGUUGACACUGGUGUUAUGAAAAUUACAGCUGCUACUACACUCUGCAUUAUUGUGGAAAAACAACAGGAGCCGAACAGUGGAAAUACAAUUUUUAAUGUGGCAAAAAUAGUUUAAAAAUGGUAAACUUUUAUUGCACAGAGAGAGUAAUUUUAUUUGUGAUUUGUAGCUGUAUGAAAGAAUAUAAAUCCUUAAAAAUCUCUCAUUUAUCACACUUAUAGUUUGACCUCUUUUGUGUUUUAUGAACCUCUUCUAAAAUGAUCAUUUCCAACACAAACCACGUCCUCAAACAACCAAAAAAUGUGCGUUUUCUAGCUGUUUUUUUAAUUGAUGAGUCACAGCCCAUUUUGUGUAACCGGCCCCAUGUGACUUACUUUGUGUAACACAGGUUCACCUAUGAGGUAGCACCUGUCUUUGUGCUGCUGGAAUACGUCACUCUGAAGAAGAUGAGGGAGAUCAUUGGCUGGGCGGACGGGCGAGGAGACGGCAUUUUCUCUCCUGGUAUGUGAGGGCGAUGCCACCGCCCACCACCCCUCUGUUUCUGUGAAAAUGGAACAGCCUCCAUGUAUGUGUUUUGUAAUGUGUCAAUUUGCAUUUUGAUGAUAUAAAUGGAACUCUAUUCACAGCCAAUUAGCAUAAAAUCAUUUCUUUUCUAACUAAAUCCCCCGCCACACCUCCCCUCCACUCUUUAAUUUCUCCUCUGCACUUCUGUUUGACACAUGAUGAGGAGCAAUCACAGGAGGAUUCAGUGACAAAGACUCUGAUUGGCUCUGACGCUGUAGAAGCGAGCUAUAAAUUUUUGGGAUGCUGUGAUGUCUCUCGAAAGAUUGUAAACAAAAGCUCAUUAUUUCUGCUGUGUGUUUGAUUAUUCUAAACAUGCUCAGACAUUUUUGGAGCUGUGUUUGUGUCACUGCAGCAUUCCCAUGAGAGCUGCCGGUUCAGACUGAGACGUGUGGAAUGACGCUGUAAAUCACUGAGCCCUGUCUGUCCUCCAGGUGGUGCUAUUUCCAACAUGUACGCCAUGCUGCUGGCUCGCUUCAAGAUGUUCCCUGAAGUGAAGGAGAAAGGAAUGUCAUCUGUCCCCAGACUGGCGGCCUUCACAUCCGAACAUGUGCGCAUUUAUGAUUUCAUAUUUCCUUUACAACCCUAAUAUGUGUCUGAAAUAACAAGCUUGAAUCACAUUUUUCUGAAAUAAAUGUCAAAGACCUUCCCCUCCAGCUCUGGAGUAACUCCACAUAUCUGCACAUUAGCAGCAGCAGCAGCAGUGUUUGAUGUGUGUUUUUACAGCCACUGUGUGUCACUUUCACACCAGCAGUGCUGAUAUAACGCUGACAUUAUGAGUGUCAGACGCAGGAGGACUUGAGGUGACUGCUGUGUCUGACACAUAAUAGGUCAGCUCCUUCAUCUUUAAAGGACAUUUGAAAGAUGCUGCGAGCGAAAAAAGUCACAAAAUCACACAAACUUGUCCGUUUUGGCCUCAUGUAAGAUUUUAUUUUUGGUUUUCUGCUUCUGUUUUUUGUUACUUAUAUGCAAAUAGUUAAAAAUCAACCUCUCUUUAUUAUUUUCUUUCGUUUAGAGCCAUUUCUCAAUCAAGAAAGGCGCAGCAGCCCUCGGCAUCGGGACAGAGAGUGUGAUCUGCAUUAAAGCUGAUGAAAGGUAAAGUUGAAAACCUUUUAUUUUAGCUACUUUAAGGUAAAAUAUCAAGCUGUGUAAGUUUUCUAAUGAUGGAAAAUGGAUUUACUCUUGGUCUGGUCUCUUAUUCAAUAGUUCUAUCUUUAUUUUUCUCAUUUAAGUGAAACUAUUUUUCCUUUUUAUUGACAUUUUACUGUAGACUUAUCCGUCUCUUUUUCAAACUCCUCAACAAAACUUCUUAUUCUUAAAAUUCAUAGUUUUCUUAACCCCUCCUUUAUAGGUCUUUAUCUAAAAAAUACACCACACACCAGACAUUUAUGGUGAGUCAGAGGCAUAAUAGUCGAUAAUUAAAUGGAUGAAACUCAGCAGGAGAGGAGCAUAUAAGAAAUUCGACUAAAGCUCGACCUGCUGGAGUCAUUCAAGCUCCAGACAAGUCCAACAGAGAGUUCUAUUGUAAAAAUGUACAUUCACAAGUUAAUCCACUGAUUUACAGAAAGAGUGUGGAUGGUUGAGAUCUCACUGUUAGCGUCUUUUUAGCUGCAGAGCCCGCUGAGAACCACACAAGUCUUUGGGCUCGGUUCAGAUUCUGUCAUCAUGUCAAAGCACAAAUUCAGGAGAGCAAACUUUUAUAACUUGCACCUAAAAUCUUUGGAUUUAUAACCACCCCAACAUGAUACAGGAAUGUUUCUUCUCAGUUUAACUCCCUUAAAAAUGUCAGUAUUCGAGCAACAGUUUGGCACCCAGUAUUUCACAAGUAACAGCAAAAAUCUGACCGAAGUCUGAAGCAGAUCGUUUUUAAAAUUUCCUUUUGUCAUUUUUUGUGUCUGAUUUUCAAAUGAGCUAUAAGAUUUCCUGAUCUUUCAUGGAAGCUGUUAAACAUAUACACAUUUCACUCAUUUUCUUUCAUGUUUGAUAUUGAAAAAUAACUCAGUUUGUCCAGCAGUGGACUUUUCCUGUCCAGUAAAAACAGAUAAAAUAGGUUGCUACAGGAUACAGAUCAAUAUCAGCUACUGACAUGGUUGCAUGACGCAUCAACAGGAUCAUUAUAUGCCAAUACUGCUGUUCAAACAGUACAUCAGUACAUUACCAGUAAAUAUGACUCGUAUUUCUCAACGUCAUUUCUCAGGCAUGUCUCUUAAAUGUGGCCCCAGCUCAUCAACAUAAAUAAGUCAAAUGGCCUUUUUUUUGUCCAGAACAUCAGCUUGUUUGCUUGAAAUCCUUCAAAAGCAGAGUUUUGCUUGUAAUAGAGUGUUUUACCACCCAUACAUUUGCUCUUUGGCAUAUUAAAUGAUCUGAAAAGUCCCUCUAUUACUAAUGAAUUCACAAAAAACUAAAAAGAAGCAACUAAAAGCCUGUUUUGUUUUUUUUCCUCCUCUGCAGCGGUAAAAUGAUCCCGGCUGACCUUGAGAGGAGAAUACAGGAGGCCAAACAGAAGGUAAAGAGAUAGAGGUUUAUAACACGGCUAUAAAUUCUGCAGACAGACUGAUUUUAUUGCACUCAGUCGACUGUAAACACAGAGAUGAUGAGAGGGGAUCUUGAAGUGCGCUGACACUGAAAUAUCUGUUUUUGUGUCUCCUUGUCUCUGCAGGGUUUCGUCCCUUUCUUCGUGAGCGCCACCGCUGGAACAACCGUGUACGGAGCCUUUGACCCUCUCAUCGCCAUCUCCGACAUCUGCAAAAAGUACAACGUCUGGUUCCAUGUGGAUGUAAGUGAGACGAAAUACCUUCAGUAAGACAAAAAUCUGCAUCAACAACCCCUGUGUCCUCCUUCAGGACACUGUUAUUACCUGUUAUAUAAGAUAUCCGUCUACUGUAGGGAUUUUAGGGAAAGGAUGUGGAGAAAUACAGAACUCACUGCUGAGUUUGACAAAUCUAUUAUGUCUGUCUCGCCUCUAACUGCUUGCGGUUGACCCAGAUAGGAGCCAGCCAUUUCCUAUCUAACACUGGGGAUUAGAAAAACUGGAACAGAGGCCGUAAAUCAUCUCCUCCCCUGACUUUGCCAUCAUGGCUCCUCUCACUGAAGGAGCUCUAUCUAUUAAUGAAGGUGAUUUAGUCCUGACAGGGGGACACCUCUAUUAAGAGACAUAAAUGGCCUUAUCUAUCAUCCCUCAACCGGCUGAGAUUGUAGAAAACAGUCUCUGACGAGGAGUUGUUGUUGUUUUUGUAGGAAAAUGUGUUUCUGUGGUUCCCAAAGAAAGAGUGACCUUCUGAGGUCCCGAUUGGAAAAAAGUAGGAGACAUAUUAUUAAAGAGUUUAUGACAAUGGUAUGAAAGGAAAACCAUCAAAAAGGUUAAAUGUGGAAAAAGAAAGCAUCUCUAAAGUGAAAAACAGAUGAAAGAAACUUAAAACCCAAAGUUUUACAAGUUACAGUCCAGUGUAAAGUUAAAACAGUUACUCAUGGAUGUAAAGGAUUGUUAAAUAAAACAAAAUAAAAGAAACAGAGGCUGAGAUAUCAAAGUUUUACAGGCUUAAAUCAACUCGCAGCUUUAUCAUUUACACCAGCUUAACUCCUAAUUAAAGUAAAUAUCUAAUCUAAACACAACACUUUUGGUUUUGCUCCCAUUUUUCAUGAUCUAAGACUUUUUCUAAGUACACAAAAGACAUUUUUCUCUCAAAUAUUGUUCAUAAAUUUGUCUAAAUCUGUGUAAGCGAACAUUUCUCCUUUGCUGAGAUAAUCCAUCCACUUCACAGGUGUGGCGUAUCAAGAUGCUGAUGAGACUGCAUGAUUAUUGCACAGGUGUGCCUUAGACUGGCCACAAUAAAAGGACACUGUGAAAGGUGCAGUUUUACUGCAAUGGGGGCGCCCGGGGGGGGGGGGAUUAGAAAACCAGGCAGUAUCUGGUGUGACCACCAUUUGCCUCACGCAUGUCCUUCGUUAGGGUUAUAAUUUAGCAUGAACAAUAUUCAAGGAUCCAUCCUGCCUCGUAUCAACUCUAACAAUUUUCUCGACUCGCUCACGGCUCUUUAAUAUCGUGUUAUCACAGUUUAAACACCACAGACUUCCUGAGUAUGGCUUCCAUCCAUGUCUCAACCUCUGAUGGCCUUUUCCAAACUCAAAGCUCAAAUGAACCUAAACUUGGGGUUUGAACAGGAUUGUGAGUUCACUCGACUCAGGUGGCCUCACCUGACGUCAGUCCUGUAGAGCACCUUUAGGGUGUGUUGGAAUGGGAGUUUCGCAUGAAGGAUAUACAGCUGACAAAUCUGCAGUAACUCCCUGAUGCUAAAAGGUCAAUAUGAACCGAAAAAGUGUCUCAUGAACAUCCUUAUCCGUCUGUCCCGUCAGGGCGCAUGGGGAGGAAGUCUGCUCAUGUCCAGGAGACACAGGUGGAAGCUGGAUGGAGUAGAGAGGUGAGUGACUUUAUUUUUUUUAACACUGUAAAAGCUUUCAAAUCGUAAAAGUGUUUAAAUUUACGGUUCAUAUUUCUGUGAACCGUAGAGCCAACUCAGUGACAUGGAACCCGCACAAGAUGAUGUCCGUCCCGCUGCAGUGUUCGGCCCUGCUGGUCAGAGAGGAGGUAACGCCUCAUCCAAACUGAAACACACUCUGAUGAUAUGUUUCUUUUUCUGUUUCUGUUAUAAUUCACACUCUGGCCGUUUUUUUUCAGGGUCUGAUGCAGAGCUGCAACCAGAUGCACGCCUGCUACCUGUUCCAGCAGGACAAACACUACGACCUGUCCUACGACACUGGGGACAAGGCGCUGCAGUGUGGACGCCAUGUGGACAUCUUCAAGCUGUGGCUCAUGUGGAGAGCUAAGGUACGGAGAAACCGUCUUUGUAAUCUUUGUAACAUCGAUUUAUCAAACCAGAUUCAACUCCAAUUUAACUCAAAUAACUUUAUAAUCUUCUCCAGGAGCUUUUGGUUCAGAGCAGCUUGACAGUUAAAAACCAAAAUGUAGAAACCCAAACAUUUCCCUGCAUUUUUACUACUUUUUGUUUGUCCAGAUAAAACUGCUACACGAGUUUGAACUACCCUGAACCCUUCAAGCGUUGUAUAUCUAAAGAUACAGUGUGGAGUGUUUCUUUUGUCUCUACAGCUGCAGAAAAUGGAAAAAAAUAUGGGCGUAUGUGUUUCGUGUUUAGAGAGCGGCUGCACGAAAUAAAUCAGAGGGAAACAGAAAAGAAAAUAUUUUACCGUACUUUGCGCACUAUAAGGCACACCAUCAAUGAACGCGUCUAUUUUCAUACGUAAGGCGCACUGAAUGAUAAAGCGCAUUUAGCCAAACAAAACAGUCCGAUAAGUCAAACUUUGUUUAACUCAUUCAAUAACUCCACAAGGCUACAGUAGCUGCAGUGCUCCGACUAGCCAAAAGGAUUUUAAGUUGACAAAAACUUGACAAACAGAGGAUGGAACUUAUCAUGCGUCCAUGCAGCUUCUUGUCCUUUAGAGGCCACCAUCCAUUCUGUGGCUCUACAGAUGAGAGGGGUGAGCGAGGGAGAAUUUCAACCUGAAACCUGACUGUUAAAUGUCACUGAAUAUUUUCAUUUUUGCACAUUGUACCUUUAUGUUUAUGCACUAAUUAUUCUGUCCUUUUUAAUCAACAAAUUUUAUGCAGUUUUCCAACAAAAAAAAUUAGAUUAGACUCUUUCUCCUCAAUAGAAACAUCACACCAAUGACUUCCACACAGUUAUUUAAUCUUUUCUUCAAAUCUAAACUGCUAUAAUCGAUUCAAACCCGUCUUUCCACAGGGAACGAUCGGGUUCGAGGCUCAGAUUGACAAGUGCUUGGAGCUGUCAGAGUACCUCUACAACAAGAUCAAAGACAGAGAAGGAUACGAGAUGGUCUUCGAUGGAAAAGUAUGUCCACGUUCAGGUUCCUCUUCCUCUAAAAGGAUCACUCUCCUGCAGCCACGUAAUCACAGAGAAGUAGCCGACAUUAGCCUGCUUGGCUUCUUCUACCUCAGCGUGUUCAGUGUCAUUACGGGUGAUGUGAUUGGCACGCAGUGUGCUCUUGCUUUGUGUUGUGUGAAUGCCAUUUUUACCUCUAGCUGCCAGUGUAAUGUGCUGCUAUUAUGUUUAAUGAAUAGCAUAACAGCCCAUAAUUGCUCAUAUGCAUAUGAAUAGCCUGUGUCUGAAAUAUCCUCUCCCAAGCAUAGCCACGGCAACACAAACAUAUUGGGGGAUGACGGGGUUAUUAAGCUAAAAACUCUGCUGUGAAAGGAGUGCUCGGACACCCAGAGUCAUUUACAGUGAAAGCUCUUUAAUGUUUCAACACUUAUUGUUUCCCUGCUGGGGCUAAGAGCAUCAUAACCCAGAGGGUGAUGGCCCAGGUGUUCACUUGUCUGCACCUCCCAUUGAGCCAUUACAUCAAUCUGACGCUGAAAACACGAGCGCCGAACCGGCCCGGCUCUAUAAACGAGGCUGGUGCGCAUGGCCAGUCAGCUGUUGGUAAUGAAUGUGCUUCCACUCGCAGGCAGUCAGGCAGCUCAAACAGGGCUUCACAUGCCAAAAAACCCAGAGCUGUGCGGGGCUUUUAGACAGUUUGAGAGUAUCUGUGAAGGAUGAUGUGAGCGCCAGGUGGACUUCAAUUUUGAGCUCAUAAGAUUCAGCAGGUGAAAAUAGACAGACGAGAGUUUCUUUCACCUCUCUUUUUGAGGGAACUGUAAGAUUUAAGGUGAGGAUUAAAGGUGAGUAUGCGAAAGUAUGGUGUGUAUAUGUUUGUAUAUUUAUGAGCUGAUGUGUAAUUUCUUAAGAUUUGAACAGAUGAGGCCAUAUGAAGUUUUCUUUAAAUUUGUGGUUUGGACUCAGCGAACACAGUGACAUCUGGUGGCUUGUAAAACUCAUGGCAGCCUGCUAAAAAUCACCUGUUUUAGAUUUUCAUCGUUUCAGUUUCAUUUUAGUCGCACAGAUAUUGUUGAUAUUUAAAAAAAAAUAAAGGUUAAGGAAGCAACAGGACUUGGCAUAAAACUCACCUUUAAUAGUUUUACUGGAUUCAAUAUACAGAAUAUAUUAGAAAUCAGAGCUGGGCACAUGUCUGUUAAUCUAUGAAGUGAAUUAUUGGUGCUCUUUUGGUAACACUUUAUUUGACGCCUAUCUCUAUAACACAUUAUAAAUAUAUGUGUAAUGUAUUAUAAUCACAUUGAGCACUGUAUAACUAUAGUUUUAAAUACUCAUAAAUGAUCAUAAUGCUUUAUAGCAAUAAUCAUAACACAUUAUAAAGCAUUUUAUUAUGACUUACAAGGUCAGGUAUUAUAAUGUGUUCUAACUGUUAACAACUCACUGACAAUGCCCACACAUGCAAUGCAACUGUUAACAGUUAUAACACAUUAUAAUAUCUGACCUUGUAAGUCAUAAUAAAAUGCUUUAUAAUGUGUUGUGAUUGAUGCUAUAAAGAUUUAUUAUCAUUUAUGAAUGUUAAUAACUAUAGUUAUACAGUGCUCAAUGUGAUUAUAAUACAUUACACAUAUAUUUAUAAUGCGUUAUAGAGAUAUGCGUCAAAUAAAGUGUUACCCUGUUUUUUUUAAUUAAUUUUAAUAUUACCCGACUUUCAUCGCCGCCAGCUGAAGAGAAGGUUUGUGAAAGAUGUUAAAACUGAUUUACAUGAACUGCUAAAGUUGGUUCAACAAUGAAGGUGGUUUAGCACAGUCAAUUUAAUCACCUAAGAAAAAAGAAGGAUCCAGAUCCAGACUCUCACGUCAAGAUGUCUAGAAAAUGGAGAUGACGUGUGUAGGCUGAGUCGGGUUAAACCGCGCCACGACCACAGGACUGGGAUAAUGUGUAACCAGCACAGGCUUGUGGAGGAGAUCUAAAGGCUGGUGGUGCUAGCUCUGCUAAUGUUAGCUACACUUAAAAACCCUUUUACACUUGAGAUCAUCAGCUCCAAAGUGAUGCUGCAGACUCAUAGAAAAUAGUGACAUUCAUUCAAUUCAAUUCAAAAGCAUCAUUAUGGGAUGGUUAUGUUUGUGUCAUGUGCAUUUCUGUUUCUGGUUCAUCUCCUCUCUGAUCUCACAAACAUUAAUCACAGGAAAACUGUAAAAACUUUCCACCAUGACUUUGAAAAGACAAUAACAAUCUGAAAUCAGUGACAUUCAACAUCCUGAGUGUGUACGUUUGGCUGUGUAUUCCUCUCAUCUCUUGUCAACUUUUUCUGCUCCCACAGCCUCAGCACACCAACGUCUGCUUCUGGUACCUCCCUCCCGGGAUCCGCUACAUGGAGGACAAAGAGGAGAGAAAGAAACGCUUGCACAAGGUGAGUGAGCAGAGAUAAGAAACCUUAUUGUAUCUAGUAAAAACACCUUCCUCUGCAUUUUCUAUUUUCCCUAUAUGCCUGUCUUCCUGUCCAGCCAUCAUAUACCCUCCUGAUUAGGGACGAAAAUGUUUAGGAUUAAAAGAGUAAGGUGAAAUACUUUGUAAACCGUGACUCUAAAAAUAGGGUACAUUGUCACAGGGGACUGAGGCUAUUCAGUUAGCUAAAGUGGCCGUCAUUCAAAGGCUCCCACAGCAGCAGGGGCCUAAUAAUUGACAAUUAGGACAAACAGAUGGUGUGCGUGCCCGACAUACAAAGCGCUCUCUCCUUUCUCGUUCCGCAACAUCAUCCGCCAUAAAUCUUUGCCAUGUUUGUCACAGCAAAUCAAAUGGAGCGAUUUCCUUUAGUUUUCCCAAAGUUUGACUGAAAAAGGCACAGCAGUUACGCCUCAUUUGAACCGAGUGUUUGGCCAGUUUUCUCUUUUCCACACACUCCGACACCAAGAUCAGGGGGUGAUGUAAUGUGGCCCGACGUGGAUGUUUGGGAAACUGAAGGAGCUUUCCUCUAUUUUUCUAAUUUCCCCUGCGAUUGCUUCCAAAGGAUAGCUGGGAAAACUGUCAAAGAGACUGAUUCGCUGGAAACUCGCAGCUGCUGAUGAUUAUUGAGCAGAAAUCGUAGACCGGACAACCUGCAAAAGAUUAAGAAGGAAUGACACGUUAUUUGAUGGAAGUACAGAAACAGCCAGAGCAAUGCGAUGCGACGCAGCUUUUAUACACUGUGAUUCUCUGCAAAACCUACUGCGACUGCUCGAAAGAGGCGGUGAAGUUUCAUAAGUCUUUUUCAACUUAAUUUCAACUUAAUACCCUCUAGAUUUAUUAAAAUUCAUGCUGGAUUAUGCAGGACCUCGAGGGCACUUCAUAUGAGUCACGGUUAGAUUUAAGCCCUUAAGCUGAAGCUGCAGUCAACUGUCGCCUCAAGUUAUGAAUCUCUAAUACAUAUUUUAACGGUUACCAAGAUGAGGAUUUACAGUAUCUCUAUAAACUUUGUUUCAACGUCGUUUCAAAAGGAUCGAUCCCUCUCUCUCAUAUCUGUCAGUAAAAUCAACGGAAAUCAUCAGGGGGUGAAAUCCAACAGGCUCAUGUUGAUCAUAAAACCAAACUCGAUAUUUCAACAACUUUGUCUGACAUUGUCUUGUCGUCAUGGUUUCAGAUCAGACUGAUAUAGCAGUGCAUCAUUUCUUUGAAUAAUAUGUCUAUUUUAGGGCCCGACCGACAUGGAUUUUUUGGGGCUGAUGCAGAUACUGAUUAUUAGGGGGGAAAAAAUCCGAUUACCGAUUAAUCUAGCGAUUUUUUAAAUUUUUUAUGAAGUUAUAAAAAAUAUAAAUCUACUGUAUACUAUCUACUGUAGAUAUACUGUUGGCUACUGCUCUUCACGCCGACAGGAAGACCGACUGAUCAAACUCGGACCAGAAAGGCGUUUUCAACUACCCUCCCCUGCGCCGAUCGGUGCCUCCGCGUCUUACUCACGUUACUAAUUGCCGGUCUGGUGUUGUGCCCUAGAAUGCACCCCUGCCGUAAAAUGCACCCCCUGACGGAAGCGCGGUUGAAAGUACAUAAUAAGGCGAAAUAAUCCAAGUUUUCCUUACCGUUGGAUGGAUUCAAAAGCGUGUGCCUGUAAUGAUUUCUGUCAGGCUAUUCAGAUAAGCCGAAAACAAUAGCCCUCUGAUUCAGAAUAAAUAUAAUGUUCUCUACCUCGACAGCUAACUGUACAAUUUACAUACCCAAGUACACAUCUAUAUAUGCUUUUUUGAGACAUAUAAAAACAGAACGAAAGUUUGCUGCUCCAUUUGACAUGUUGUCAUGAUCCAAUACUCGUGUUUUUUCUAAAUAUGAGAUCAUUUUGUUCCACUUUAAGAAGCUAAUGAGUGGAUGGGGUGCAUUCUAUGGCACAACACCUGUCUCAUCUGGAGACAUGCAGCUGCCUCAGUAAGAGAAGUAGCUCGAUCACGUAAUGUGUACGGCUGUUUCUUCUACCGUUACUGGCACGGCUAACAGUGUAGCAAGGCUAAUAACAGAUGGCUAACAUGGUGCUUCACUGUUAACUCGGCGUGACGGAGACCAGCACAGCAGGGAACAUGGUGAAGUGGGUUGAACUGAAACUUGUUGACUUAUUGUUUAUUUCACAAACUGGUUUAUUUACCGUUGAGGCGGACCACUCUCCUCCGUGCGUCCCUGAACUACCUGCUUCAGAUCCGUCACUCUGCUGUGCUGUGAGGUAGUUAGUGGAUGAAGAUUGUCAUGAGGUCGCUGCGCCAUCUACAGGAUAAGUCGGGGAUCUUUUCAAAUGGCGGUACAUUUUCAAAGUGAAAUCGAAUCUUAUAAUCUCUCUGCGCUAUAUUUCUGAAAAUAUCGGCAAAGUCUGCAAGUUUUGGCCGAUUGCUGAUUAGUCUCAAACGGGCUAAAAUUAUCAGCCAUUAACCCUCUCUUGAUAAGCCAGUUUCCUCAGUUCCUCCAGAGUUUAUGCACGUCAUGAUUUCCCACCUCUGACCGCGGUUGUUGUAUCCUUCAGGUGGCUCCAGUGAUUAAAGCCAGGAUGAUGGAGUACGGGACGACCAUGGUCGGCUACCAGCCACAAGGAGACAAGGUCAACUUUUUCCGCAUGGUGAUCUCUAAUCCGGCUGCUACCUUCGAGGACAUCGAUUUUCUUAUUGAGGAGAUUGAACGACUCGGCCAGGAUCUAUAAGACUCAUCUCACCAAAUCCUCCCCUACUUUUCCCCCUUGACGGAUGAAUUGUUUGUCGUGAAUGUACUGGUAAACUUUUUCUUUUCUCUCUCUCUCCUCCAAAGUCACAUAUUUAAGAGUAUAUUUGAGAAAAAAAAGAUAUAUCCAUAUAUUAUGUAUUGUAGCUUUGCUGUGGGCUGACUGGGUCCAAAGCUAUGUAAAAGUGCUUCUGUCUGCCUUUCCUAUAGUGUAGUAUAUCUGAGAGUAGUGUAAGUGACGUAACUUCAUAAGUACUUUUUUGUGAUAUGAAACGCUUGUGCAAUAGGUCGAUGAGGAAGAGUUUAUUUUUGAAUCAUUUCUCAUUUGCCGAGUAUGUCGUUAAGUGCCAAACGUGGUUGUGUUUUCUUGUAACUUUACAUUUUAAACUUCUGGUUUGAAACUUAAAAAAAGCACUUCACCUUACCUCAGCUUAAUCAACUGCCUUUUACAUCCGCACCUAGUCCUUCAAGCAGUGAUUCUCGACAACACUCCCUCUGCUGGUAAUGUACAGUAACACCGGCUCGUACCAUAAGUAUCCCAUUUUUCCAAGAGGAGGCUGGAACGUGCGCAAAACCGUCGACAAAAUGACCCCCCCGUCAAAUUCACACCACAGCGAAGUCAGUUCAAAGCAUUUAAUCUGCAUGUAUCAUGCAUCACGUCAGCCUUCGACAGUUUGCUCUGCAGCUUGUGACGCUAGUUUAAUAUUGUUGCUUAUGGACACUUUCUACUCUUUUUACACACAUGCACACACACACACACACACACACACUUCUUUUUAGGGUGUUUAAAGUGAUGAAAGCUUCUUAAGCCCAUUUUGUUUGAUGUCAUUCAGCUACACACAUAUAAAAAUGGGCACCGUUUCCAACCAGGCUGUAUAUCGAACUGCGCUGAGUCACUCUACACAUUACGAUGAAUAUCUAAUCAACACAGUCAGAGGUGAUGUGAAGUUAUAAUCCUUAUGAUUUCAUUGGUUUUAAACAGACUUCCUGAAUAUAUUACAGCUAACAGAUCAAAUUCAGAUGAUACAAAGCGUGAAUCUACUUUGAAUCAACUUUUAGUUUGAGCUCUUCUGGUGUCUUGGAGGCUAAACUUGGUUACCAAAUGGGCAAAGUGGGCAACUGCCACUGCCAACUGGCCCAAAACCCCAAGAGGUGACCAAAGCCUUCACUUCACCGCCUUUCAGCUGUUUCUGUUCGAGCACUUUCAACGCACUGAGCUUUAUAGAGUUAUAAAAAGAAAUAACAAACAGAUUUGCAGUUUAAAUAGCAGCUAAAUUUAGUUAAAAACAAGCUUAACUAAAGAGUUUAACGAGAGGCCCUGAUUGGCGAGUUAAUCGUGUGGCCACGUCUUCCAAAGAAAACCAAAAUUAAAGUUCCAAGACUUUUUUUAUUUUUAGUUUGGAUUCAGAUCAGAUGGUUUAAUUUGAUAAAAGCACCACAAACAAACAGCUUCCCAUACAUAGGACUGGUUCCACUGGACUCCAUGAUUUGAUGGUUAACAGGGUAUUUUUGCAUCACGCACAAAGCUCAAGUUUGUGGUCUCUGGUCCGAAAGCAGGACAAUGAAACACCAAAAAUGACCACUACACUCCAGAGUCCUUUCACAGUUAGCACUGCACAAAUAUAUAAGACUUUAUAUUGUUGUAUUUUCUUUAACCAGAGCUCUAAUCUUAAGGAUUAUAACUUAAAACUGUAAAACCUCUCAUCUACAGAACUACAGUACCAGAAGCUGUUUUUGAAUAAGCACUUAAAGAUGGAUCAGAGAUCUUCAGAAUGAGGGAAAGGGCGAUAAUAACUGACUGUGUAGAGGAAGUGGACGUAGCCAAUGUGAUAAUAUACACUGGGAUCUGGAUUACAUGGAAUAGGGGUAAAGUCUGGGGAUGGCGAGCUGAAAAAUCUCCAAGUGUUUUACAUAUUUAUAGUAAAAAUAUCUCAAUACGCUCAAUUUUUGCUACAUUUACUCAACAAAUCCAGAAAAAUGUUUAUGAUAUUAUACGCAGAAGAUAAGACCUGAAUUGCUCGUAACAAGUAAAAAAAAGACAUUUUCUUAUUUAAAGAAAUGUAACUUUUAUUAAUCCGACAGAAACUUCAGAAGUAUUUUACUUAUUACAAGAGAUUAAGAUCUUAUUUUGACACGUGAUAUCUUGAUAUAAGACAUUUUUUGGACCUUUCAGGUGAGUUUAAGUCUAACACGACACCUAAAGACAAAAAAAAAACUCCUGCUAAGAUUUGAACUUUGGCAGAGAGUCCAAAUGUGGGUAUUCUGGCCUCAUGGACUAUCCCUGACUGGGAGGUUGCCUUGGUAGUAACUUGCCAGUCAAAUAUAACCCCACCCUCAAGCAUACCCAGUUACGUCGCCCCCUGCUGGCUCAGAGAAGAAUGCACUUUCACGGCUACGUCCACCUCUUUUUAAUAAACAGUCUGUGUUGUUUUCUGAAAACAGGAACAUGAACAGAUUUGCAGCUACUGUAUACCUGACAUCACUUGCACUAAAUCAUCGGGGGAGGAAGAGCGCCCCCUACGGCAUUGCAACUGAGAUUUUGUCUUUCGUCAUUCACGAGCAAUACUCCAGUAUGGGUCCAAUCUUUCUCUCUCUAUAUAUAUAUAUAUGAAUAUGAAUAUAUACCCUGCAGAAUAUCUGAGUAAACUUUGAAUUUAUGUGUAUAAUAUUUAAACGAUAAUCAAGUUUCCUACUACGCACAGUAGUUAGCAAAAACCUGAAAACAUGCUUUUAGUACGCAGGAUAGUUAUUGGAUGUGAACGCUGGUUUAACAGACAGCGGUUCUGUAGCAUUUCCAUUAGAACACGUUAGAAAAGCACAAUUUGCUCAACAUGGUCGCUCAGUGUACAAUCACUUUUGAUCAUAGACUGUAAAUAGUAUUUCAAGAUGUCCUAAGUACAUAUCUUUGUGUAUACAUAAAUGUAUAUAAGACAUAUAACCAGAGACUAUUUGUGAGGUAAAGUUAUUCAUAUUUUCUCUAUCUCUAAUAUAGAUUACUUGUAUUUUCAUCCUGUUUGUCCAGAAGGCUUUUCUCCUGUGUGUGUGUAUGUAUAUGUACGUAUGUCAGAUACUUGACCUGGUUUGUGACUCUUCUAGCUAUUUCAAAGAAAACGUGUUUCAGGGAGUGGCUUUAAAGAAAACGGACAGAUUUCACCUCGACGUACUUACGAGCUCUUUGGAUUUAAAAUGAAUAUGCAAAGCCAUUCUAACUCUGAAGCACUCUGUUUUCCGUGCACAAGUGAUACUUGACGGUAUGUGCCAAUGUGUACUUAGUGUGUUUGUAACUGUGUUGCCUUAGUAUAAAUUUGCCGGUAUUGUCUAGUUUUUCCUCCAAACGGGGAGGUCGUGCACUUUAGCGUUGACCUGAUAACGUGCGAUGUCCAAUGGUUGUUCAUUAAGUUGAUGUUGAGAAAAAAUACUCGGAAAUGUAACUCAAGCUUUCUGGUCCGAAUGUGAAUGAAUCAAGGGUCCGUUUGAAACGCAAGUAUUCGAUUUUUUUACGUUUGUAGGUUUUGAAACGCUCCGUCUUCAUCGGCUGUAUAAAAAGAUGGACAACAUGUUUACAGCUCCUCCUGUUGCACAAAAGUGAAGCCAAAACAACCGAGAAAGUUUUUCUGUGAUCUUGGACACACCUCAGUUGUGAACACUUAUUACGACAAUUUUCACACCAACUCUGCAACGCUCAAUUUUAGAAUAUUUUUGCACCAUGUCCAUAAGGGUCCAUAUUUUUAAUGUUUGGUGCCACGUCAACACUGGUCAUUUCUUAAAAAAUAUUUUUGCACCAGGCCAACAGUUGUAACUUUUUAAAAUGUUUUUUUGUGGCGGCAGCGGUCACUAUUUUUUAUAAUUUUUGCACCAGGGUAAAGGUCUUACAUACUGGGAGCGUUUUUUCAUGCGAUUAAUUCAGACGUCAAUAUUUUUUUUCGGGCCCGUAUCCUGUCAAUACAAGCGUUCACAUCAGCGACUUUUUUCCCGUCCUGCGAUAUUGCGGCAAUUUUUUUUUUUUUCGCAUCACAGUCGAUUUUUCUAAAGUUUCGACUUGUGGAGAGUCAUAGCGUCUUUUUUAUCCCCCGGAAAGUCGCAAAGUCGCAUCGUGCUUCAUGUGUAUAGUCAGGCGCGUCAAAAUGUGCCUCCGAAUAUUUCGUAAUUUCAUGUCAUAUAUUUGCGCCAUUCCCAGUGCGUAUGGACCUUAACAGUGGUCUCUUUUUUGAUGAUAUAUGCGUCAGUGGUUGUCUUUUUGCAAAAGGUCAACAGCUGUUACUUUUUUUGCCAAUUUUUGCUUCAAGAUCUUUUUUUUUUUUGUUGAUUUAUUUGUUGUUUAAGUUUGACCCAAGCCCCAUCGGUUUACAUGGAGGGGGCGGGUUCUACAACCUUUACUGCUUUCAGUCAAAUGUUCAGCUUCACUUUUGGGUUUGCUGUCAUGUCGUCCUUAAUUUCUAUACGGUCCUUGAUCCAAUAAAAAAGGCUUUAACAUCUUUAAUCCUUUAAAAAUGUACUGAUCUGAAGUCUGAUCACGCCCUGGAUCAAUUCUGCGUCCACACUGUGACACGAACAACAUCCAGACUAUCUCAGCACCAAACGAAUUUCACGGCGGUAGUCUGAGAAGGCCAAAUAUGUUAUCCCUCCUGCCGCUGCUGCUGCUGCUAGACUCGCUUCCUUUGCACGUGCAUGCGAUGCCUUGCCUAUCCAGCUUGUGUGACUGUCUCCUAUAUACCUAUUUCUAUCUAUAAAUAUAAAUAUAUAUAUAUAAAUAUAUACAUACAUAUAUCCAGUACGUGUAGCUUUGUAAUUAGCCUGUCUGAUGUAUAGCCUAGCCUGUAGAUUAGUGCACUGUCGCUCUAGCCUUUACAUGUGAUCUCUGUGUCUUGGGCUUCCUGUAAAGUUCUCUCCGUGCCGCCAGCAUGCUAACCUCGCCUAGCAUUGUAAUCCUCUCUGCGCUUGAUCUAUCUCUAUCCUCCGUCUUUCUCUCUUCUGCUUGAAGACUGUCGCAGCUCCGAACGUAGCGUAUUAUAUCUCUAUGUGUAGUCCCUCAGCAUGUCUCUAUGAAAGCUUUUCUCUGCUCUGCACCUGUACGACCUUUUCUAUCUUUCUCUUCUGCUUUUCGCCCUCUGGUAGCAGUAAACGUAUCCUCGCAGCGCUUUCCUCUUUCCUGACUGCCCUGCUGUCGUCCUGUUUGUGUGUCUGAGACGGUUUGUUGUCAUGUCACUUUCUCAUUUUGUUUCUGAUUUCGCUUUGAGGCCCUUGACUUUGUGGGAGAACCAGAACGAGCCGGAUUUAGACCUGAUUGUCCAAAAACUUGUGCAACGCAAGUGUUGUUAGCCUUUAACUCAGACGUAAAGGUAAAAAAUAAACCCUGGUUUCUCGCUUACAGGAAUUAUUGUUUGUUUAUGAGAACAGUUCGAUCACUUGUACUCAGAGUGCGGUUAAUUUCACUGAAUAUGGUGCGGUUUUGAGUCAUGUAUUCCGCAAACUGCUGUGCUAGCUUCUCUGAAACAUUCAUUUGUCCUGAACUAUAUGUUACUCCUGGGAAAAUAGAAAUAAAUAUUGUCAAAACAAACAUCC